GUCGCCGGGUGCAAUGACAGGACCGCGACGCGUCAUCAGGGAGCGACGGGUCGCCAGGAUGUCGCCGCUGUUCGUGGCGCGCGGGGCCGCCGUUAACCUGCGGGGCCUCGUGCUGGUCAUGCCAGUUGUUUCUGUGGGAAAUGUUGGCCAAUUAUCAGUGGAUCUGAUCAUCUCCACACUUGGUCUGCCACGGGUCGGUUAUAUCCACAGUGAUGGCCUUGUACCAGUGGUGGGAAACGAUCCGUAUGCAACGACUUCUGAGAACUCUUCAGAAAUGUGCACCAGCUGUGAGGUUUAUGCAUCGGCAGACCGGAAGUUGGCUGUCCUACAGAUCCGAUCGCCAAUUGUUCAGGGGAAACAGCGCUCAUUCCGACAGCAGAUCCUAUCGUGGAUUAAGGAGAAUGAGUUCAGUCGGGUUGUCGUCCUGUCCAGCAGCUUUGCCCAUCACCGUGUUGACCAGCAGCUCGUUGGCACUCCACUACGAUAUUUAGCAACGCCUGCUCUGCAGAACAUCAUGGAAAAUGAGUUCCAGAUCCUCAAAUGGAAAGAAAUGGAAAAGGUGGCAGCCUUCCCGGGAAUCAGCGAGGUGGAACAAGAGCUCUCUAUCCCAGGCGGAGGGAUCACAAAGUCACUCUAUACUGACAGUUGCGCUGAAGGUAUCCCAUUGGCAGUGCUGCUUAUUUUCUGUUCCGAAGGGGAUAAUAUUCCAGAUGCAUUGAAGCUUCUCAAUUUCCUGAAUGAGUGGAUCCAGCUAAUAGCAAAGCCAAAUGAUCAGCAGCCCAUGUCUCAGCCGCAGUGGAAGAUUCCAAGUUCUUGGCGAUUACUAUUUGGCAGUGGCAUUCCACCGGCGCUCUUCUGAUCUUGCAGAUCCAACAAGUUGAGUGUGGAUUACCCUUUAAAACGAUGGUGGCUUCAUGACAGAAAGAUUUUAAAUUCUGCGUUGAGGACUUAUUUUCACAGAUGAUGAUGUGAAGGGGCGAUGUUCACUAAAGGCUCAGUAACUUACAGUUGCAGCACAUACUUGGUUAUGUAAGAAAUGAGUUUCCAGAAGUACUAAUAGAUAUUGUGUUUUUAUUUGUGUGAAUUUGGUCUUUAAUUAAAAAAAUAUUUUUAAA